AAUCAGUCCGUGACUCCCUACCUACCUAUGGAGGACGAUGAUGUAUAUCCGGUCCACUCUUUAGACGACACUAAGAUAUUUCGUAGCAUUUUGAUGACAUGGACGAUUUUUUUCAACGAUUUUUUGGACGCAGACAAGCUUCGGGUCUCGCUAUCAAGACUGCUGGAUAUCGGAGACUGGCGAAAAAUUGGCGGUCGUUUGAGGCUGAACGCCAAAGGAGCUUUGGAGAUUCACGUUCCACGUUCCUUCACGACUGAACGACCUGCGUUCUCCUACAGCUUCAAGAAAGUAGACACAGCUGUCGAAGAUCACGCCGUAGCCAAGCAAUUUCCUAAGCCCCAAGGACACGUAUCAAUAUGGCCUGGACCUCAGGAGUUCUGCGAGUUGGCUACCUCAUCCGAUGCGCCAGUAACUCUGGAAGACCUGCUCGUUGAAGAUACUCCACAGAUGUCGGUCCACAUUACAGCAUUUACCAACGCUACCUUCGUUGCACUGUCCUGGCCUCAUACAUUGAUGGAUGUCAUGGGUCAACGAGCUCUGCUCAAAGCCUGGUCCAUGGUUUUGGCUGGCCGUGAAUCAGAAGUGCCGCCUGUGCUUGGUGCGCGGGACGACAUUCUAUGUGCACUUAUGAAUGCUCCUGCUCAGAAGUCAGAAGAACACGUCUUUAAAUCAAAACAGCUGGACGGCUUUGCAUUGGAAAAGUUCGGGACAUCCUUUGAAAUGCUUACUGGACCUUCGCCAGAAACACGAACAGUCUGUCUGUCCAAAAGGGCAAUGGCCUAUCUACGCUCACAGGCACUGGAAGAUCUCACCUUUUCGGAUGGCGAUGGGGAAAAGCCUUUCAUGAGCGAUGGCGAUAUUCUGACAGCAUGGAUAGUACGUGCAGUUGCAACAACUUUGACGCGUCCAUGUCCUAUGACUGCAUUACACACAAUGAAUGCGCGAUUUAGACUACCUUUACUCAAGAACGCAAAAGGAGUUUACCUGCAAAACAUGUUGGUAUCAGGCUUCACUCUUUUUCCCUCGGAUGUUACAAGCGGUCCGAUGGGUCCCAUCGCCCUACGCAAUCGACAGCAUCUGAUGCAGCAAGCGACCGAACUACAGGUGCUGGGGAGCUUGCGAGAGCAGCGAUUGGCAGGAGACAACUCAACACUGAUCUACAGUGAUGCAGAUGCAUUGCUAUUGCCAUUCACCGAUUGGACAAAGGCCAAGCUCUUCAGCGUAGCCAAUUUCAGUCCUGCUGUUGUCUGCCCUGGAGAGAGCUCUCGGACGAGAUCAAGACUCUUCGUCUCUAUAAUGGGCAUGGACUAUGGGGAUAACUAUUGGCUCACGUUAACUUUGUCUCCUCUUAUUUGGAAGAAUAUCGAGAAAAGCCUACAAAGUUUGAACCAGUGA